GUUGCAUGCGCCGUUUUCCAACGUGGCUAUGCAGCAAAAUUCUGUGGCUGCUGUGAAGUUUGUUGGCGCUUUUGGCCGCGAUACAUGGAGGCUCUCGGAUCCAACGACAUUCAGCGAAGAACCGCCCACGGCAUUGCGCGUGCCGGCGAACAACACCGCAGAGGAAGAAAUGCUGCUGGAGACCAUCCUUCACCCGGAAACGAGACCCGAGAGUGUGCGGAGCCUCAUGGACUCUUUGCUGGAUGACGACUUUAGUGUGUCCCGCGCGCGGUCGCGUAGAGGCACAAAGGCCAUAACCCCCCUCUCUGCGUCGGGAUCGCCAAGGGGGAUGCUCACCCGUCCCUUUUUCCUCACGGACAUUUCCCACCCGCAGGAGGAGGUCACUCAAGUGCCGUCGUUAUCUUUUUUAUCCUCCACGGAGAGCGCAAGGCAGCCUCCGGUGGCACAAGCCACGCAAAGCACGCAUGAGAAGCAGGGCCCAUCGAUACCCUCCGGCGAUGAAGAGGGUGGCGCUCCUUCCACCUCACAGGGUAUAGACCGCGUAUCGUCGAUGGCGCCAGCCACUGGGCGACGCCCGCAAUUCCGCCCGCGGCCGGGUGAAAAGUUCUCCAACAGAUGCUCCGUAUCACUCUUCACGGAACCACGCCCGCAGUUGCCGUCCCUUGAUCGACAGACCGAAGGCCCAAGUGAGGGGGGCAAUCCUUAUCAAGGCUUUCUGGCAGGCUCACUGUCGCCGCCAAAGAAGAGGAUGGCAUUGUUGACUAUGACACGACGACUAGAGGCCGUGCUGCCUAGGAAGUUUGCCAACGGCGAGUUCUUCAAAUACGCCAACGAGCUGCUUAUGGCUGACGCACAGUUAGGCCUUCGGCGGACCAAAUCGGGGCGAACUCGGCAGGAAAAAGUUGAUCUACAGCUGGCACUUGAGAACCGACGCCAACUGGCGGAGAGGGUGGAGGAGUACAAAAAAAAGCAGGAGAAAAGACGCUGCGACAAGAGGAACACGCUGAUGCCCUUUGCAGCUCGGCAUGAACUCAUUCCUGUUGUUUUCCCGCAGCCGAGCGUUCUUUCAAAUGAAGGCAAUAUUAGCUUUGCUUGGAUGCUCAAUGCGUCUUCAAUGGGGUUACCGCAGAAGCCAUUUGCGCAUGCAAGUAACACAAUGUAA